AUGCAGGUGAUCCAGCAUGUGCGGCGGCUACUGGAGCAGCUGGUGCUGGCCCAGGGGGCAGUCGCAUCGUCGAUGCGAUUGGGACACGUUGGAGUGCGUGGCCCCGGCUGCCCUCUGGAAGUCGGGUGGCGGAGAUCGCUGGAGAGGGCAGCCGAGUUCGACUGGAACCACGAGUACGGCUGCCUCGUGGGUUGUUGGUCGUCAGGACUCGAGGCGGGGCCGACUUUGAAGAAGGCCUGCUCGCGGUGGAAGGCCUCGGCGGGUCAGCCCGAGCAGGCUGAGGACGAGGACGAUGAGUACGAGUACGAGUACAAGUACGAGGACGAGGACGAGAGCGAGUACGGAGCGAGGCGGCGCCCCAUGGCGUCGCCCUCCAAGGCGGCGCACUUCAGAGCCGCGAUCUCCAGGUCGAUCUUCGCGGCGGCGCUCUCGGAGGCGACGCCGGCGCCGGCGGUCUUCGAGGCGGCGAUCUCCGGGGCGGCGCUCGUCGCGGGGGCUCUCGAGGCGGCGCCCCUGAAGGUGGCGCUGGGGCUGGCGAUCUUCGAGGCGCCGCUCAUCAGGGCGGCGCUGGCGCUGGCGAUCUCCCGGGCGGCAGUCGCCGUCGCCGAGGUGGGCUCGACGGAGACGGUGGGCCCCGAGGCCAGCGAAAUGUCCGAGGUAGAUCUCCCGUCGACGCUUCUAGACGCCGAGAAGCUCGAAACCUGCAACGCGGUCAACGUGGAGGUCGCGGCGGAGCCCCCGUCGGCGACCGCGGACAUCGGGGAGGACCUAGCCGUCAAUGAAGCCGCCGAUGCGAACGCCAUCGGCAAGGAAGACUCGCCGUGGGCGACGGACCAGUCGGAGGAAGCGGCGCGAUCGUCAGAGAAGGCGAACCCGUCGGACAAGAGGGGCGCGCUCAAGAAGACAGGCGAAAACGUCAGCCGGGCGGAGACAGAGCGCCGCGCCGAGCAGGGCCUCGCGGCCGAGGACACAGAGGACAACGGGGCCCCGCGCGACUGCCCACGGGCGCCCACGGGCGGGCACCCAGCGGGCACCGGCCAGGACCCUCCGCACACCCAUCCCGAGCGCAACUCGCCCUCGACCCCGGGCUCCCCGUGGUGCGUCGCCGAGGACGGGAACGCCUCUUCGUCGCCUCGCGGGGAGCGUCGUUGCUGGUGCCUGGCCAGCGCCGCGCGCGCCUCCCAGGGGCAAGCAGCGAGCCGCGCGGCGAGCCGCCGACGUGACAACGGCUUCGAGGUUCGAGACGGCCGCAGCUGCAGGCCCGCAAAAGACUUCGCUUACGACGCGGAGGAGGCGGAGAGGUUGACCGAGGAGCUGGAGCGCCGACGGAUGGGUUUGGAGGACCACCUCCUCCGACGCCACUCGCGCUCCGCGGUGAUCCUGGCGAUUCCCACCCCGCGCGACCUGCCGCCCCCCGACUCGCUGCGCAUCACGCCUCACAGCACCCCGUUCGCCACCCCUCGCGGGCUGGAACGGCAGGCCGGGCAGGUCAGCCGGCAUCGGUCCAGCGCCAGAGGGCAGCUCAUCGCCAGCGACAGGAGCGACCGCAAGAGCGACGGCCACCGGAGCGCCCGCCCCCGGAGCGGCGGUCACCGCAGCGGCCGCAGCGAUCACAGCGGCAGCAGGAGCGGCGGGGCGGUCCCGCUCGAGUGCGAGGGCCUCGACGAGAUGACCGCGCUCGUGCGGGACAUGUUCACCCCGCAGUGCAGCCCAGAGCCGACGAAGGUCUCUCGGCGGCGGCCGUCCUCCCGAGGGAUGACGCCCAGCAGCGCGGAUGUUUCGGCCUCCUCAAGUGCGAGGAGGGUCCACCGCCAGAGAGCCCCCGAGGCAGCGCCGCCGCUCCGCGGCGCGCAUGCGUCGGCGCGGCAGGCCAGCUUCGCCCGCGGCGGGCGCGGCUGGGGCGUGCCGGACGGCGAGCCCCAGGAGGCCGCGGACGUGGAGUUCUGCCAGCUGCUGCAGAGCGCCCUGGCUAACGGCAAGCACGGGCGGCUGGGAUCGCUGGGGUCAGUGUCCCGGCCGCACGCGCAGGAUGGGCCGCCGGCGCCGGUCGCCUGGGCGGGGCCCGCCGGCGCCCGGGCCGCUGGCGAGCCCAGCGUGCAGGCAGCGGGCGGCGCCCGCUCUCCCGAGGGCGCUGCGGGCCGCGCCGCGCCGGCGGCGCACGGGCGCGGGCGCAGCCGGAGGAGCAGCCGCGACGCAGAGGGCGCGCUGGGCACCUGCGGGCGCUGCUUCGUGUUCCCGUUCUAG